CCGACAAGCAGCCUUUUCAUCCUCAACAAAAUCGAACGCAAUCGAAUGAUCUCUGAGCUCCCUGCGAGCUCGCUCUCGGCAGUUCCAGCGUCAAAAGAGUUGUGCAGGGGAGACCGAGAGGGGGUGGCUUCGUUGUUCUUCCACCUUCUCUCAGCGCCAAACGGCAUUCCUUGUGGCAGUCAUGGCAACCCACUAUUGCAGUGAAUCCAAAUUUGCCUUCUCAUCAUCAGUUCAAUGCUGGGCCCACCGCCCAUAACCUGUUUGUCGAAAUGCCGCUGAAGCAGUCUCCAUGUGGGUAGGUGCCAUGUGUAUUGCCUUCGAAAACGCUUGAGUACCCACUUCUUCCCCGGCAUGCACGAACCGGAUUUCAAAGCAUGGGGCGACGUGAUCAGGGACUAUUGCACCAACGCCCGGCACAAGGAAGCCGUUUCCUUUUUCCUUCAAAAGGUCCGGUCUUCCUCGGUUUUCAAACCCAGUUACCAAGUCCUUUCAUCUGUUCUCAAGUCCUGUGCCGCCCUCUCGGCCCUCCACUUGGGAAAGACUCUUCAUGGGCAUUCGUUAAAGCUUGGCCAUCUUUCUUGCUUGUGUAUAUCGAAAGCGCUGCUCAACUUGUAUGCGAAGUCCGGAGCUUUGGAUGACUGCCAAAAGUUGUUUGGUCAGAUCCAUAGCCCCGAUAUUGUCCUCUGGAACAUUGUAUUGUCUGGGUUUGCUGGGUCCAAAGGGCUUGAGGCUGAGACAAUGAGGAUGUUCAAUAAUUUGCAUCUUGUCCAGGACCCCAAGAUGAGCUCUGUCACCGUUUGCAUCGUCCUUCCUUUGUGCGCUCGAUUAAGCAAUCUGGAUGCGGGGAAGAGGGCGCAUUCGUUUGUCAUUAAAUCCGGCUUGGAUACACACACCCUCGUGGGAAAUGCACUAAUCUCAAUGUACGCAAAAUGUGGGCGAGUUACGACUGAUGCUUAUGCUGCAUUCACCUGCAUCCCUGACAAGGAUGUGGUUUCAUGGAAUGCAAUCAUUGCUGGGUUUGCAGAGAAUAAGCUGAUAAAUGAUGCCUUCAGAAUGUUUUGCCGGAUGCUGAAAGGAUCAACAGCACCCAAUUAUGCGACGAUCGCAAAUGUUUUGCCUGUUUGUGGUUCUCUGGAAAAGAGCACUGCUUACUGCAUUGGAAGACAGAUACAUUCUUUUGUGUUUCAACGAACGGAGCUUGCGGCAGAGAUCUCUGUCUGCAAUGCACUUAUGACAUUCUACUUAAGGAUUGGACUGGUAGAAGAGGCUGAGACCUUAUUUAGACAGAUGAAAGUGAGAGAUUUAGUUUCGUGGAAUUCAGUCGUAGCAGGAUAUGCAUCAAAUGAUGAAUGGUCAAGAGCACUGCAGCUUUUUCACGAACUAGUCUUGACUGAGAGAUUUACCUUGGAUAGUGUCACUCUUGCUAGUGUUCUCCCUGUUUGUGCACAAUUAAGACAGAUUCAGUGGGGUAAACAGAUCCACGGAUAUGUACUUCGACACCCUGGCUUAUUUGGGGAUACAACAGUGAGGAAUAACUUGGUUCAUUUUUAUGCAAAAUGCGAUGAUGUAGAGGCAGCUUUUUUGUCAUUUUUGAUGAUUUCAAGUAGAGAUGUGGUAUCUUGGAACACGAUGCUCGAUGCCUUCAGUGAGAGAGGAUUUCAUAGCCAGUUUCUGGACCUUUUGAGCUGGAUGCUCAAAGAAGGAACUAAACCUGACUCUGUCACCAUGCUUAUCUUAGUAAAUUUCUCCAUUUCACUCUCGAGAGUACAAUUGGUCAAAGAAUUACACGGAUACAUUGUCAGGUCUGGUGUUUUGAUAGGGCAGAAAGUGUCCACUAUUGGAAAUGCAAUGCUUGAUGCAUAUGGUAAAUGCGGUGAUGUUGAUGGCGCCUCGAAGAUUUUUAAUAGUUUAUUGAACAAACAAUAUUUAGUCUCAUACAACUCAAUGGUGUCUGGACAUGUGAACCAUGGAUCACAUGAUGAUGCGUAUAAGAUAUCAAACAGGAUAUUUGAAACAGAUCUCAUCGCUUGGAAUUCAAUGAUUCGAGUUUAUGCUGAAAAUGAAUGCUUUGAUGAAGCUCUAACUCUCUUUUAUCAGUUACAAGCUCGAGGAACGAAGCCCGAUGAGCUGACAGUCAUGAGCCUCCUCCCUGUAUGUGCUCAGAUUGCCUCCAUUCAUUUGUUGAGGCAGUGUCAUGGAUAUACAGUCAGAACUUGCUUUGAGGAUGUUAGACUAAACGCUGCUCUUUUAGAUGUGUAUGCAAAAUGUGGAAGCAUAGUGUAUGCUUAUAAUAUUUUCCAGUUGAGCCCACAUAAGGAUCUGGUGAUGUUCACCGCAAUGGUUGGUGGCUUCGCUAUGCAUGGUAUGGGGGAAGAAGCACUUAAAAUUUUCUAUCACAUGAUUUCAUUAGGUAUAAAACCGGAUCAUGUUGUCAUCACUUGUGUGUUGUCUGCCUGUAGUCAUGCUGGCCUCAUAAAUGAAGGAUUAGAGAUAUUUGACUCCAUACAAAACGUUCACAGAAUGACGCCAACUACGGAACAGUAUGCUUGCCUAGUUGAUCUCCUCGCUCGAGGAGGUCGAGUGAAUGAUGCGUACUCUUUCGUGACUCAGAUGCCCAUUAAAGCUAGUGCAAAUAUUUGGGCGACCUUAUUGGGUGCAUGUAGGACUCACCAUGAGGUGGAAUUAGGUCGAGCAGUGGCGCACCAUCUUUUUAAAACCGAAGCCAAUGACGUGGGGAACUACAUCGUGAUGUCAAAUCUUUAUGCUGCAGAUGCCAGGUGGGAUGGUGUUUUGGAGAUGAGAAAGCUAAUGAAAACAAGAGAUCUAAGAAAGCCUGCUGGAUGCAGCUGGAUUGAAGUGGAUAGGAGAAAAAAUGUGUUUAUAGCUGGAGACUACUCUCAUCCGGAAAGAAGCAUUAUAUUCAGCAUUUUAAGUACCAUGGAUCAACAAAUCAAGGAGAGGCUUGCUGGCUCCUCUGUUGACAUGCUACUCAAUCCCACUUAAUGCCUAACAUUGCCGAGCAGACUUAAUUUGCACGCCUUGAUGUAAAUUUGAAUCUUCAAGGACACUUCAUGCCAUUUAUUUCUCUUGGCUAAUUUGGUCACUCCGUUGUUCCUCUGCUCCCACUGGAUAAAAGGAAUUGUCUUGGUGACAAUUGAUUCUCAACAAUGCGUUUAUUGGAUGUUGAGAAUACAAGUGCUCCCAGGUUGACAGGUAUACAACAUUUUGGGCAUGUCAUGGCCUGAAAAUGAGAUGCUCAAUAAUGGAAAGCUUCGAGAAAUUUGAAGUAGGGGUUCCCAGCGGACUUAAGAUGGCAUCAGAAUUGCUGAUUGAUUUGGAGAGUGAGGAAUGUUGGUCAGUUGAUGAACCAGGUUUGAAGUGGAUGGUGGGUUUAACUAUCUGAAGCUUCUGCCUUGGGCACUGCCUUCUCUCGUGCAGUGAAACUGUUGGCCUCUUCAUCUUCAUGCUCCCAAUUCUGUCGAGAGAGCCUUCCUGUGAUGCAUCAGUUUCUGAUGGACCUGUUAAGCGCUGUACAAUCUCUCGGAAAGUGUUUGUGUCGGUUUGUACAAAUGUGGUUGUAGGCCUAGAAACAGCUGCACCUUGUGUCGCUGGCUUCUCCAUGGAUGUUCAAUUCUGGAAUGAAGACAGAAGACUUUUCUCUGUCCCCAGUUGAGGCUUUUUCACCUUGCUAAGGGAGCAACGGCAAAAACUUAAUGGGAAAGCCUAAAAAGAUGGCAUGGUGCUGGUUACCCACAAAAAAGGUGUGGAAACUAUCAUUCUGAAGUCAAGCACCUUUCUGGUAGGCAUAGGGAGGGAGAAACGAAGAAUCGAGUAAAGGAGGCUUUGUUUUUCAUAUUUUUGCCCCUACUGUUUUCAGUAUCUGUCAAGUGUCAUAUGCAGAUUGGGUGGUGUUGAAAGCGGGUAAAAAGACCUCAAACAUGCAGGAAUGCAUUGCUCUAUUACCAGUAUAAUCUCUGCUCUUGUGAUUGGCUACGAUCAAGAUCAGAUUGGGGCAAUUGACUUAGGAUUAUAGUGGAGUUAGUAUUUCUUGACUUUACCGGCAUCUGAAAAGUGGGAUUAACAUAAAAGGCCAUGAACUAGCACAUGGAAUUAGGCAGAGAGCAAAAUUCGAAAUCAUUUCGGUUAAAUUAGUGGCACGAAGGUAGGCUUACUAAGAUAAUGGAGGUUGGCAUUGAGAAUGCAGGAGGAGAAACAUGAGUUGUGCAGAUGAAAGAAAGAGCAUAUUGGGGAAACAUUCUGGGCAGACAAACUCUGGUGACAUUUUGCUCCUGUUGAUCAUAAUUAGCAUCUCUAGCAUCCCAGUUGGUGAUGCAUAGAGACCCUGCAUUUCUUCCAUCAACUGGGCAAUCAUGAAGUAUUGAUGGCCUACGGCAAUGCAACUCAUGGACGGCGUUUAAUGCGAAAUGAUACGCCGAAGACAAACGGAAAAUAGAAGCGAACAGAUCGUACCUUGGGAGGGACUUUGAAGAUUGAUGAAUGCCUUGGCGUCUGAAGGGCAUGCGGUCGUGCAUCCAUUCAAUCAUGUGUGAAUGCCUUAGCCCACAGGAAAGAAGAGGGAGUGAUGAUGGUUUGGUCUUUUGUAACUAAAAAUUGAAGAGGUCUUUGGCGUACACUCAAAAGCCAGUUAGGACAGACCAAAUGUAACCCUCCAUUACACAAAAAGGCAAAACCACCUUAACUUCCCCCAUCUCUCUCCUAGGUUGGCAUCAUUGGUUGAAUGAUACUAGAGUCAAACUUUACAGUUCACAUGCCUCUUUCAAUUCAACCCAUCCAAAAAAAGGCAAAAUCACUUAUCCUUUUUCAUACGGUUAUUGAACAGGACAUUAUUCUAGAAAGAGUGCAAACAUCGCCACCCCAUCGGUAUCCGACCUAAUACCACGACAUUAUCGCCACAUCGGGUGCCCGUGUCAUGGCGCUCCUUCGAUUCCGUCUUUGGUUGGGCUCUGGUGGAGGCAGGGAUCGCUUCUUGCCGCAACCGGCCGCAAGAUGAGGACGACAAGGGGGUUUUUCCUCUUGGUUAUUGAGAAAAAAACAUCUCGAUUUCUUAACAAAUAUGCAACCAACCUCAACAGACAACUUCAUCGGAUACCAAGUAGGGAACCGUGUGAAUACAUUAGAUCUCAAAGUCAUCUUUGACUCCUACUUCAAACCUAUUGAAAAUAGAAUCAAAUCAUUAAUUUUUUAAUCUAAAGUUUUUGUCUUUGUUCAAUGAUCUUAUUGUGGCAUGGUUCAUGUCAAUCUUAUAAAUUACAUAUUUUAAUUGAGGGUAGAGCCUAAUUUUGCAUAUUAACUCUUAUUCAUUUCAAUACUGUUCUAUUUGUAUCCAUUUGGAUCACAGUUCAUGAGAAUCAAGAAUCUAAGAAGCAUAUCAAAGGCUUCAUCUUUCCCCAUAGAAAGGGAGAGAGUUGAAUUGGGUGAGAAAAUGGAGGAUCAGGUGAGAAGAUACUUGGAGAAGGCCGCCGGUGGAGAGGGAGACGACAAGCUGCCUCCGAAGCUCUUCGAGAGCCUCGUCUUGUCGGGCCUCCGCGUCGACCUCGUCGAGCCCGGUCGCAUCGUGUGCUCCAUGAACGUGCCCCCUCGAUUGCUGGUAACCUCUCCCCCUCCCCCUCCCCCUCCCCCUCACCUCUGCUUCCGUUGCUCAUCUGGAACGCGGGCAACUUCUUGCACGGCGGAGCAACGGGGAUGCUGGUGGACGUGGUGGGUUCUGCCGUCAUGUUCACCGUCGGAGCCCCCCUCACGGGUGUCUCCGUCGAGAUUAACGUCUCCUACUUGGAUGCUGCUUUUCUGGAUG